GUUCCCUCUACAUGGUUGGAUUUGUCUCAUGAUUUUCUCCAUAUUAUUGUAGGGUGUUAUAUCACUAUACAUAUCACCGUUAAGGUGAAAUAUAGAAAUAGGUCUACACUUUGUGCAAAAAUGGAUGGUGUUGAGAUGGUUGAUGACGAAGACGUCGGAGGUUUUAGGGCUAUUGAAGAUAAAUAUAAGAGGAUAGAAAAAGACUUAUAUAGCAGGCGAGCUGAAACUUGUAAGAAGACCUCUGAAUUCACUAUGGAUGAAACGAAACAACUUUGUAAAUUAGCUCUAAAAAGAAAAUCAUUGGAAAUAUUGAAACUUGUCUUUUCAAGAAGACGUGUUCUCUCUUGUGACUAUGAACUAGAUUUAGCAGCUAACCGAGAAUUAAUAUCAAGUGCUAUAGAAUCCGAUUUCGUCGAGGGUCCCGUUUAUUUAUAUGAUCGUGGAUUAGUUUUCGAUUCAGACGCGUGUAAAAAUUACAAUCAUAGAUUAGAAUCAGAACCAGAACCAGAACCAGAACGAUGGAGUGCCCUGGCUGAGGCUGUCCAGAAUAUCAAGUAUAAAGCAACGGCAUAUAUAUUUAUUCUAUUCCUACUGUAAUUAGUCUAGAAACUUCCCGUGAAAAAUUGGCUACUGCAAUCACCCGAAAAGACAUCCGAAUUGUGAAAUUACUUGUAAGGAACUCUGAAGUACAAAGUCAUAUUACUACUGAAAGUAUACCUCUCAUACCUUUAUGCUUUUGUGAUGAUGAGGAAUACGGCACAGUUGUGGACGAAGAGACAAGACUUGAAUUGAUUAAAGUAUUAGUAGAUGCAGGGUCAUCUUUAGAUUCACACGGUCAACACGGUCAACACGGUCAAACACCUUUAAUGCUAGCUGUUGAGAAAGAAAUGUUCACAAUAUUUGAUUAUCUACUAGGUAAUGGAGCCAAUAUAAAUUCCUUAGAUUAUAGAAAUAGACAUGUUCUUCAUUACUUGGUAUUAUCGGAAUCGGAUAUGUCCUCCCAUAUAGAACGAUUAUUAAUCAAUAUUGAAUCCAAUUUACGAAAGAAGGAUCUAAUGAUUUCAUGUAUUCUUUUCGCUGUAGGAUACGGGAAGUUUAAACGGGCAACUCACUUAAUGGAAACUUAUCAUGUGGAUGUCAAUAUAAAGGGUGAAUUUAAUAAUAACCUUCUACACUAUGUAGCAUUGCAUAAUAGCGAUCAAAGUGUUGAGUUUGCCCGAUCACUUAUCGAACGGGGAUAGACGUCGAUCAUCGCAGCUAUUUUGACAUGACACCGCUAAUUACAGCAUGUACAAAUAAUAACAUUAACAUAACCAGAAUGUUAUUGAAAGCUCGGUGCGAUGUGAAUGUAUCGUAUGCUGGGAGAAGUGCUUUAAUGAAUGCUAUUAAACACCAGAACACGGAGCUGGUGGAGCUUCUACUAACGUAUGGUGCUGAUGUAAAUGAAACUGAUGUUUUACUGAAAGCUGCUCAAUAUCGCAAUAUGAAAUUGGUAAAACUUCUUACUAAAUACGGUGCUGAUGUAAAUUGUAUAGAUAAUCAAGGCGAAAAUGUAUGUGUGCAUUGUUUUUGUGAAGAAAACAAAGGUGACCGAAAAUCAAGUUUUGUCUUCCUCAAAUUUUAUAUUGAUCUAGGUGUUAAUACUGAUAAAGUGAACUAUGAGAAUACAUUGCUGUAUGCAGCUGCCGCCACCAAUGAAUUAAUGUCCUUUCAGCUUUUAUUAAACUCAAUUACAAAGCUGGACCGCUUUAAUGCCAAGGAUGACAAUAUAUUUCAUAUUCUAUCCAAGGUGAAGGGUUUCUCCUAUACUAAAGUAGUAUCAUUGUUUGAGAAGGAGAACCUUAAAAAACAGAAGAACCAAACUGGAAACACUCCUCUAAUGCUAGCCUCAUUUCUGUUAAACACGGGCUAUUUGGACGUAUCCACAAAAGAUGGAAGAAUAAGCGACCUUGAUAUACAAAAUAAAUACGGUCAUACUGCUCUUCAUAUGUGUAUGUUAGGUUUCAUAGUGUCAACCGCUAAAAUGGGAAACAGGGGUGAAAAUCGUCUAAAGUUCAGAAAAUGUGUUAAAUCCCUGCUUAAUGCCGGAACUAAUGUUAAUAUCCAAGAUAAUAAUGGUGUUACACCUUUAAUGAUGGCUGCAAUGAUAGAAGAUACAAGUAUGAUAAAAUACUGUAUGAAGUUUGGGGCGGAUAUAACAAUUUUAGAUUAUAAAUAUGAAAUGUCUGCUUUGCAGUAUCUUAGUUUCAAGUCAAGCUGUGUCUGUCUUCCGGAACUAUUAUCUAAAAAUCACAGUGCUCUGGUAAAUUUACCAGGAAAAGAUGGUAACACUUUGAUUCAAAGAGCUCUGCUGUUUCCAUUAAUUUGGAAUCCACAGGAAUCAGUGGAUAUCAUCUGUUAUUUACUUGCUGUAAACUGUAACCUACAACACCCUCAGUCAGUUUCUACUGAACGUAAUUAUUUCACGGAAGAUAUCGACCUUGAUGACUUCAACAUCGAUGAAAGAGAUCGAUUAAGGAAGUUGCUAUAUCUGAGUGGGGCACCUGAAGAAGAGAUCUUCUUGUCCUUGAAUUUCGAAAAAGAAGAUGAAGUUGAUGUCGAUAUCACUGAUGACAGAUUUCAUUCUCGUCACCGGGAGCAGUUUAAAUUAUUUUGCAAUAACAUUUCACUUCAGUCGCGAUGCCGGAGGGUCAUCCGUCAGAUUGUUGGUGCCAGACUUCACACCUUUAUUGUUGCUUCCAACAUACCACAUUUACUUCACGAAUUCCUGUUUCUUGAACAAGGUAGCGGAGGGGAGGCAGACAUUACUUUGAACCACAAAUAUUUUGUUACUCGUGAAGAUCAGAUUGAAGAUAGGGGUGGUGAAUAUGAUGAGGAGGAGGGUAAUGAUGAUAACAGUCCUAAUGUUGUUGAUUUCGAUGAUAGGGGUGGUGAAUAUGAUGAUGAGGACGAUGGAGGUGAUGAUGAUACCGUUAAUAAUUUCGAUGACGCUUCUUUAAGUUCAAUCGAGUCAAUGUACGGCCAUGUAAAGUAUAUUAAUGGUCAAACUAACUGAUUUGUAUGUGUUUAGAAAUAGGAUAUCAAACCAUGUUCUACGAUUUGUGAAGUUUAUGAAGUUUAUUAAUACCAUGAAAAUAUGCUGAUCAGAAUAUAACAAUGAUUUUAUUGUAUACUGAUUUGGGUUUUGCAUAUUGAUUUUGAAACGGUGCCUUCGUAUAUGGUGUUGUCGCGUAUGGGAAGGAAACCGGAGGACCUGGACCCGAUUCCUAGAAAAUUCUUAACCACGUUCUUAAGCACGUUCUUGUGCUUAGAUUUU